AUGGCAGACAAGUAUCAGGUCGAAGUGUUGCAUGCAUUGUGCAUGCGGCUGGUUCGGGAGGCCUUCAAACCCGUCAUUGCCUGCGAAGUCUUUGCUGCCGCAGACCGCUUUUGCAUGGAGGACCUGCGAUCAGAGGCACGCGAUCUCAUCCUCACGCAGCCUGAAAAGGCCCUCCAAAGCCGUCCGCCUCUCCCGCCGGAGCUUUUGGAGGAGAUCCUGGAAUCGGGCCUGCUGUGCAUGUCGGAGGAUGCUUUGAUGAAAACUCUCCAGAGUUGGGGAGAGAAGGAAGGCGACUGCCUGGAGCCGAUCAUCAAAGCUCGGAUCCCAAGUACACCCCUCCGAGUGGUCAGUUUGCGUGGUGAGCACACGACCAAUGUGCUGAAGACACUUUGGAAGCGCUACUGCGAUGCUGGACAGAAGGGCACCUUCGUGGGCUACUGGGUGAAUGUCUUGCUGGGGCCUGGGCAGUCGCAGACCUGCACUCAGGACGAGCUCCUGUCCAUGGCUCGGAUGGACAAACUCUUCACCUUGGGGCAGGGAUGGGUGCAGUGGUAUCUUCCCUAUUGCUGGUUUCAUCUUCAGGGCUUCUCCUUCCCGAACUUCUUCGGCAAUGACAUUUCGGCCUCAACAUCCUUCCGGAUCCACGUGAAGUCCGGCGAAGACGGCGCGACCUGGCACCUCGCUUACGAGUCGCACAAGAAGGAGAUCGAAAAUGGCACCUUCCUGCCUUGCAAGAGACCUCGGGGCCUGGUGCAGUACUUCAAGCUGGAAGUCCUGGAGGGUGAGCUUCCGCAAACCUAUUUCAACAUCCAGGGCAUUUUGCAGACUUCCGUCUGA